AUGAUCUGGUAUUUUUUGCUUUGCCUUCAUUUUAUAUUCGAAAUCGUGGGUGUCCUAUCGCAUUUGAUAUUUUUAAAAUUAGUAGUUUUUCAAAAGAUUAUGGAUUUUUAUUGCAGCAUAAGUCUUGGAUUGAUAUCACUUUCAAUGAUAUUGAUGCUUGUAACGUAUUUUUUGGAAUCAGCAGUUUGUCUUUCGAUUGGUUCUGUGUUCGAAGAUGAUCAAUGUGCUGAGAUUCCAAUUAAAAAAAUUAUUCUUUGUAUUCAUCGUUUCGCAGAGGCAUUUUCAUUAGCUGCACAAUUAUUUUUCACCAUCGAAAGAGUAUUAUCCAUUCAAUUCUCAAAAAUUCAACGUACAUUAUUUUUCAAGUUAUUUUUUCUGGCAGGAUUUGUAUUCGAGAAUGGGUUUGCAAUAUCGUAUGUGUACACAAAUGUAAUUCUUGGUGGCUAUGGUCUUUUUUGGUUGGUCACUUUCCAGUUAGCAGUUAUUGCAAAUUUUCCGUUUAUUUAUUACGCAAAGAGAAUUAGUAGCUCCAAAUAUAAGGCUAACGUCACAACUUAUUCAUUGAAAAGAAAACACAAUCUUUACAAUUUUUAUGAAAUUGCUCGAAGUUUUUUGUAUUCAACUGCCAUUUACAUGUUUGCUCAAUUGACAUGUUUCUGCAUACUUUGGGGAGCAGCUGUCACAGGAGUCAUGUACAGUGUAGAAUUUCAUAGAUGGUUCUUUGUCAUUUCGCUGAUUUGGAAUGCAAACUUGGCAAUAUUUCCCUGGAUUGUCAUGUUGAUACAUCGAAGUCAGAGAGAACGGCUGAAUCGACUCUGGUCUCAGAUAUUCACAAAAUCUAAAGUUUCUUCGAAAAUACUUGGAAUGAAUGGAAAGGAAUUAGUUACGACGCCCACUCAAUUUGAUUAUUUCAAUCAACUUCAACGGGCAUGGGAAUGAUUAAUAUAUUUUUAUUUAUGAUUUUCAUUGCAAACCAUUCUAAAACAUGCGCGAUAAACUUAUUAUUUACAAUUA